AUGGGCGUCACGCCUGGGCCAGAGGAGUGCAUCCGUGCGUAUGGGGUUCGCUGCAUCACUUUGGGCGCGACUCCUUUCAAGCUGCGAGAUGACACGAGCAUCAUGUCGGACGAGGAAGUAGCGAUCUUCCGGCGGUCGAUGAAUCCUCGUGAGUACCUGGAGCUGGAGAAGAAAUACAGCGUCUCCUGGAACUUGGAUGACUCCCUGCCCGAUGCUCUCCGAGCAUGCCGCGACUUGAUGCAGCAGGAGCACUUUGAUGCCAUCGUCUGCUCCGUCAUCACAGCGGUGGCUUCGGUCCGCUUGUUGAAGAUGUUCCCGCACCUGUGCAUCAUCCGCACGGCUUACUCCUUUGCCUCCUUCGUUCCUCCGACGCGAGCGUGGCCACCAGCUGGCUACACGGACUCUCCCCACUGCUAUGGCUUCUUCAACAAGCUGAAGCACUAUCACUUUCUCUUCUUUCGCCUCUUUCCCUUCAUCAUGAAUGCAUCUCACGCGAAGCGCGAGCAGGAGCGGGUGCGGGAGAUUGAGGGCGUGAACCAUGAUAACGGCCUCGGUUUGUUUGCGCAAAUAGCAGAGGUGCCGGAGCUCGGACUUUGGAGCAAAGAGCUGCAACCGCCGCCGAGCGAUUUUCCAGCAAGCCACACGGUGACGGGUUGCAUUUUCACUCCGAAGUUGGAGGACUGGAAGCCUUCCGAAGCCCUGGACGCUUUCAUGCAGAGGAGGGACGCCCAAGGCCGCAAGCCGGCUGUGAUCACCUUCGGAUCUAUGAUGUCGUUGGGCAUCGAAAAGGUCCAGAACAGUACCCUACAAGCUCUUCAGAAGAUGGGCAUGAACGUUGUGAACUUCGUUUCCAAAGCGCCGAAGAAGAAGGACAACAGCGAGUUUACUUUUACUGUCUCCUCUGCUGGCCAAGAAGCAGGAGCUGGUGUCUUCGAGCUCGACUAUGCCCCUUUCGACUGGCUGCUGCCUUUGGCCAGUGUGGUGAUCUGCCACGGCGGCGCAGGAACGACCUUCCGUUCCCUUUGGGCGGGCGUGCCCGUCGUCGUAUGCCCAGUGAUCUCCCCGCUGGUGGCCGAUCAGUACGGGCACGGCGAGUUCUUGGAGCGGAAGGCCUUAGGCAGCAUGAUUGAGCCCACGCUGCCCAGCGUGGAAGAGUGUCAGGUGGCCAUAGAGAGGGCCCUAGGCUGCGCAGAGAAAUGCAUGGAGACCGGCAUCAGAAUGCAGAAGGAGGAUGGGGCUGCUGAGGCGGCAGCCGCCGUGGAACGCUCUGUGCUUCAGUUCAAGGCUAAGCCUGCAGAGUCCCGCGGCGGUUGCUGUGUGUCUUAG